AUGGCCUCUGAGACUCUUUUCGAGCCCAUUCCUCCCUUUCCAGACGAUGUCCCGACGGCGUCCAUCACUACUAUAUCCCUUGGCGCCCUCCGCGCGGGCGACGACGUCGCCGCCCGGUCUCUCCUGGACGCCUGCAAGAACCUGGGAUUUUUCCUGCUCGACCUACGCGGGGACGAGCUCGGCGAGGCUAUGGGCACGGAUAUUGAUCAGCUUAUGGGAGAGGCGGGCAGAGAGAUCAUGGGAUUAUCAACCGAGGCUAAGGAGCAGUACCAUGUCGACAUUGCAAAGGGUUGUUUUGAGGGAUACAAAAUCCGCGGCAUCGGCAAGACCGAGACCAACCAGCCUGACCGGUUCGAGUGGUUUAAUAUAGGCGAGGACGGCCUUGUCGACGAAGCCGCGACGCCGCCCCUGCCGGUAGUUGUUCAGCAGCAGCUGCCGCUGAUCCGAUCUUACGUCGCGCGCGGCAAGGCUGUGGCGGCCACCAUCCACCGAACGCUAGCCGUGCAGCUGGGUCUCCCGGCCGAUGCUUUCGCAUCCUUCAUUGGCGGGCCGGAAGACGGCAGCAACGGAUCCUCGGCCGCGUCGCGAUCCGCGCUGCGUCUGAUGAAAUUCGACCCCAGCCGGUCGGCGGGCGAAAUGCGCACGUCGCUGCGUCCACACACGGACCUCGGCGUCAUGACGCUGCUCGCCAACAUCAUGGGCGGCCUGCAGAUCCUGGCGCCGGGCUCGGCGGCUUCUGACCCGGCCGGAUGGCUGUGGGUGCGGCCAAAGCCGCGGCACCUGGUCGUCAACAUUGGUGACACCAUGGUGGAGUGGACAGGCGGACUGCUCCGCAGCAACACCCAUAGGGUCAACUACGCGCCGGGCGAGCAGCGGCUCGUCGAUCGCUACAGUAUGGCCUUCUUCCUCAAGCCGAAGAAGGAGGCGAGCAUGAGAAACCUUCUGGGACAGGAGAGAGAGGGGGGUGUGGUGGACAUGACCUUUGGGCAGUGGGAGAUUAAAAAGACGCUGGCUUUUGCCAGCGAUCAGGCGGAUAGUAUUGUCAAUCGCCGCGAUGCGAAUGGCCAGCAAAGAAACUGUGUAUAG